AUGGCGCGAUCCGCUCUCCUCAACCUCACGCUCCUCGCCGGCACCGCGCUCGCCAUCCAGGCCUACCCGCCCGCCGUGACGACACCCACGCCCACUGCCGCGCCGCCGUUCAGGGUGCCCGGCCACAUCAAGCAGGCCACCGUGACCUCGGUGGCCGCGGGCUGCUCGACAGCGUCGGCCGUCCUGGACGCUUGCGCCGAUGUCUUGGCCGGGUACGACGAGGCCGCCCUCUCGUCGUGCCUGUGUUGUGCGGGAACGACUUACAUGCCGGAUUACUUCAAUGACGCCGCGUCUGAGUGUGCUAAUUACUAUGCGACGGCGCUGCCUGAGGACUCGGAUGAUGCUGAUAUGUACAGCGCCCUAGCCAGCUACUGUGUCCAGCCCGGCGACAGCGCCGGAGACCUCUGCUCUUCGCCGCCAACCAUAACGACGGACGUCUCCCCCAGCACUACGACGUUCGCCGACGCGUGCUUCAGCGCCGCUGAUCUCGUCCAAACCUGCAUCUCGGAGACGGCCAGCUUCACCGCGCUGCCGGCAUCGUCGCAGGCCGAGUGCUUGUGCUACCGCUCCGCCUUCGAGGGCACCAACACUUUGACCACUACGUGGCAGCCGAACUACUUCGAUGGUUAUGUAAGCGAGUGCGCUGAGUGGGCUAGCGAUACGAACACUGAAGUUUAUUCCGCCUACACCUCCUGGGAAAACCUCUGCUCCAGCUACGGCGACAUCCUUUCCGUGGGCUCGAUGACGAUAUCCUCCAAUGGCUCGGCAACGACAUCCUCCAGUGACUCGGUGACGACAUCCUCCAGUGACUCAGAAAGCACCACAACCACAAGCAGCAGCAAGACCAGCAGUAAGACCAGCAGCAGCACAACGGCAUCGCAGACCGCUACCACCGGGCCCGCAGACGUGCCGCCCUCGCAAGCGGUGGCGGACCGGGGCGGCGCUGCGGCCGGCGUGGAGGCGUCGAUGGUCGUUGUGUUUGGAAUCUUUGUGGGCUCGCUUUGGCUGAUGUUGUGA